CAGGCUUCCGUAGCCAGCAGGAAAACAUGGCGUCUCUCGGCAGUAAGGUGUUUCUGUGUGUAGGUCGAACAAAUGUUUCUCGUUUUGGACUUAAAGAAUCAGCAAACAGACUCGCAUACUCCACUUUGGCGCCUGUAAAUUCCCACCCUGGAAAUAAAGGCUUUCCAGAUAAAAAUGGUAGAGGACCCUUCCGGAGAAAACCCAGAAGAGACCCAGGGGAGCCGAGGACAGAAAAGAUGGCAGUGGAUCAGGACUGGCUUGCAGUUUAUCCAUCUGCGACCCCCUUCAGGCCCAACUCCAUCCCCCUGCCUGUGAGGAUGGGCUAUCCUGUGAGAGGAGGCAUCCCCCCAGAAAAGAAGGGCAACUUGGAGCUAAUUAAGAUACCAAACUUUCUGCACUUGACACCGGCAGCCAUCAAGAAGCACUGUGAAGCUCUAAAACCUUUCUGUACAGAGUGGCCCUCAGCCUUGGACACCGAUGCCAAAUGUGACAUGGACUUUCCCGUUAAAGUCGAGAGCACGGACUACAUGUCUGCAGGCCAGUCCCUCAGAAACCCUUCAGCUCGUAUUGUUCACCUCAAAGUCAAGCUGUCAAGUUUGAACCUGGAUGACCACGCACGGAAGAAAAUGCUCAAACUUGUUGGUGAGAGAUACUGCAAAGACACGGAUAUCCUCACCAUCACGACAGACAGCUGCCCUCUGAGGCAGCAGAACUACGACUACGCCAUGUACCUGCUUACCGUUCUCUUCCACGAGUCUUGGAAAUUCGAGCCAUGGGAGGCUGAGAAGUCCGUGGCGGACAGGGAGGAGUACAUCUGGGAGGACAGCCCGUCCCAAAAGAACAUUCUGGACGUGCUGCUGAGAAUGAAAGUGGCCGGAGAGGGAGAUGACCAGGAAGCAAGGGAUCAACUGCUGGAAAGGCGGGAGGUGCAGGAGUAUAAGGACUCGGUCGUGAGGCUGAAGAAUGAAGGAGAGAGCGAGAGCACCAUGCUGCAGUACAAAGAAGCUGUGAAGAAAGUGCUCAGUCUGUAAUAUCACAUACAAAUAAAUGUAUUUACACGACGAUGGUGACCAAGAGCAGCAAGGAUUUGAAGCCACUGAAAACAUCCGUCAUAAUUGUGACUUCAGAUAUCAUUUGGGACUUUAACAUUGUGAUAAUUAACAAGAGAUGACUGUAGCUGAAAGCUGCAGGAAAUGGGACACAGCCCCAAGGGUCUCAACAGCAUUGUACUUAUUUCCCCAAAUAAAUUUGCACCCAUCAUGUUAGUUGUAUGCCGUGACAUUUAUCACAAAAAUAAAAGUCUAAUGUAAGCUGUUAAGUGUUGCAUGAGCAAGGGUCAAAGCUUUCAUGUAAUAAAAGCCUCAUUCUCCUG